ACCUGUGAACAACUAUACGAAACAUCGUCUGCCAUUGAACACUGUAUAACUGGAAUAUUUCGAUCGUUGAACCCACCUGGCGUUAUGGCUACUCACACUUCUAAGUACUUACAGCUACCCAGUGCUAGCUCGUGUGAUAUUGGCAAACCAAGUCCACUGGCCAUGUUAGCUGCAACCUGUCGCAAGAUUGGUACAUCACCACGUGUGUCAUCCCGUCGAGUACUGAGCCUGAGUACGACGUCACCACAACCUCAAACCACUGCCUUGCCGAACACACCUGUUUGUACACCAACAUGUUCGUAUCUUCCACCUACCCCACCGCCGUCACCACCCAUGCAGAUCACUCUGACGUCACCAUCAUCAUCAUCGGCCUUGUCGAUGUCGCCUCAGCCGCUACCACUCCAAUCAGUUAGCCCAGCUUUCACUGGUCACCAGACAUGCUACUACCCUCCAUACCAACCUGUCAUGCGUUACUCUCCUUACUCCACAACACCUCUAUCAAGACCAAGAGUUCAACCCUCAUCGAUGAGUUACCACUCAGCUACCACUCCAUACUCUCCGUGUACUCCUAUGAUGGUACCAACAUUCAACCACACGCUUCUACAUCCUCAUUCAUCAUCGUCAUCAUACAUGUUUGGUGUCUAUCCUCAUCACGAUCAACCCGUCCAUGCUACGAUGUCGUCAAUGAAGGUCCGUCACACGAGGAACCGUCGAUCGUGUCGGCUCAAUAUCAACGAUGAGGAGGAGGAAAUCAUCGACGUGGUUUCGCUCUGAUAAUAAUGGACUUUAAAAAAAACUUCAUGUUGCAUGUGGCGAAUGUUUACUUCAUUCAUUCUAAUAAAAUUCAAGUCGAAAGAGAA